AACAUUGGCCAGGCAAAAUCCACUGUUGCUGCUGCUGCUGCAGCAUUAAUAAAUCCCCAGCUUCAAAUUGAAGCUCUGCAGAACCGCGUGGGUCCUGAAACUGAAAAUGUGUUUGAUGACACUUUCUGGGAGAAUCUUAGUGUAGUUAUUAACGCACUUGACAAUGUCAAUGCAAGACUUUAUGUUGAUCAGAGAUGCUUGUACUUUCAGAAGCCACUGCUUGAAUCAGGGACCCUUGGUGCCAAAUGUAACACUCAGAUGGUGAUUCCCCAUCUGACUGAGAAUUAUGGUGCAUCAAGAGAUCCUCCAGAAAAACAAGCACCAAUGUGCACUUUGCACUCCUUCCCACAUAAUAUUGAUCAUUGUUUGACAUGGGCACGGUCCGAAUUUGAGGGUUUGCUUGAGAAAAUACCAGCUGAAGUCAACGCUUAUCUCACUAAUCCAAGUGAAUAUACGUCUGCACAAGCAAAUGCUGGUGAUGCUCAAGCUAGAGACAAUUUGGAGCGAAUUCUCGAGUGCCUAGAUCGUGAAAGCUGUCAAACUUUUGAAGAUUGCAUUGCAUGGGCACGUCUCAAGUUUGAAGAUUAUUUUACAAACCGAGUAAAACAGCUGAUCUUCACUUUCCCCGAGGAUGCUAUAACCAGUUCUGGAGCCCCCUUUUGGUCAGCCCCCAAGCGCUUCCCUCAUCCCGUGCAGUUCUCUUCUACCGACCGUAGUCAUCUCCAUUUUAUCAUGGCUGCAUCCAUAUUACGUUCUGAGACAUUUGGUAUACCUAUUCCUGAUUGGGCUAAGCACCCUAAGAAACUGAGCGAAGCGGUGGACAAGGUUAUGGUCCCAGAUUUUAAACCGAGAGAAGAUGCGAAAAUUGUGACUGAUGAGAAGGCAACCAGUCUCUCUACAGCUUCUAUCGAUGAUGCUGCAGUCAUCAAUGAACUUAUAUCAAAGCUGGAGCACACUAGAAAGAAUUUGCCACCAGGCUUCAGGAUGAAACCAAUUCAAUUUGAGAAGGACGAUGACACUAAUUACCACAUGGAUCUUAUAGCAGCACUGGCCAACAUGAGAGCGAGAAACUACAGUAUCCCUGAAGUUGACAAACUGAAAGCUAAGUUUAUCGCAGGAAGGAUCAUCCCAGCAAUCGCGACUACUACUGCAAUGGCUACGGGUUUGGUUUGCCUUGAGCUGUAUAAGGUUCUAGAUGGUGCUCACAAACUGGAGGACUACCGGAACACGUUUGCCAAUCUUGCUCUACCUCUUUUUUCCAUUGCUGAGCCAGUACCCCCCAAGGUCAUCAAACAUAAUGACAUGAGCUGGACUGUUUGGGAUAGGUGGGUCAUCAAGAACAAUCCUACAUUGAGAGAACUAAUCGAAUGGCUUGCAAACAAGGGACUGAAUGCAUAUAGCAUUUCAUGUGGAAGUUGCCUGCUCUAUAACAGCAUGUUCCCCCGGCACAAGGAUCGAAUGGACAAGAAAGUAGCAGAUUUGGCGAGGGACGUGGCAAAAGUGGAGAUACCACCAUACCGUCGUCACUUGGAUGUUGUUGUUGCCUGUGAAGAUGACGAUGAUAACGAUGUUGAUAUCCCUCUGGUGUCUGUAUACUUCCGUUAAAUUUUCUUGGUAAUUUAUUCCGCUAUUUGUUUCAAAGUUUAGGAUCAUACAACUUGUAUGCACUAUAUCCUCCAGUCCUCUCUGUUCUAAUAAUGUAAGAUGCUCAGCUAGAUUCUUUUCCGUAUUAACUCUGAUCCUUAACGUUAGUUGAUGGUGCCUUGGAAUAUUUUGAACCUGCUUGGCUGUUAUAUGUAUGUUCUGCGUUUUGUCAA